CAAUUCUUUGCUCUAAACCAGUGUUUGGGGUCGAGAUUCUUCAACACAUGCAAUUUCAAGACAACCCAUUAUGACUCUAAUGAUGUGUACUCGACGAAAGAAUUCGCACCGCGUUAUCUUAAAAUUCUAAAGCAAACAAUGAGAAUCAAAGUACUCCGCAUGUAUUUUCAAUAACUUUUUUCCGUCGGGGGGGAAUAAUCUGGCGGCGGUUUAAAAGCCGAAUGUUUUCGAGAAAUUGUGACACUCAUAUGUUGGCCUCAAGGGUCGACAUAAAUUAGAAACGGCAAGCUAAGUAUAUCUCGCUUUGAUGGUUUUGCUCGUAUGGAGAAGUUAAGCGAAAGUGAGUUGCAUCAUGAGAUGGAUGGUCAUGGAUGUUUUAAUGCUACAUAUGUUGAUACUCCCAUCUGUAAGAAACUAUAUUCUCAGUUAAACACAAGUGUCUUUCAUCGAAGAAACGACGAUUAUAGUCAUGUGGGAAAUUUUGUUUUCGCCAGUUAUGCUUUAGCAAUAUUUCUUAACCUUGCGCUGUUGUGGCUAAUGUACAAGGAUCCAUUGAAGAAGUUUCGCACUCCAACCGCAGUAUUGAUGGCAAACCUCGCUGUUUCAGAUUUACACGGCGCGGUAUUUGGCCUGGUCAUCCACACGGAAGUGACACAAAAUCAGCUUACCUCUGAUGUAACAACGCUGUAUCUACCGUGGCUAGUGGUAACAAUGGCGCAGUGUAGCUACUAUACGGUCAUAAUGAUCUCUUUUGAGCGCUAUAUUGCCGUAGCCUUUCCAAUUCGCUACCGUUCUGUAGUACUGAUGAAAUACGUUAUUGCUGCAAUCGUCAUUUUCUGGCUACUCUCGUUUGUAGUAUCCACUCCAUUAUACUUCGGCCAGCAUCGCCAUAAAGUAUUUGGGGGAGAAAAUUAUUUCUUUGCCAUCAACACUUUCAUACUCGUUACAGUCAUUCUCGUUCUCUAUCCCCUAACAUACUCCAGUUUACGAAAUCAGCGCAAACGGUUACUCACAAUGAACGCAAAUAACAGCCAUUUACGAAACAGUAAAUUGAAGGUAGAACAGAGUUUCGCAAACACCAUGCUCCUUGUAUACGCAUCUCUUAUUCUAUUUCAUUUCCCAUACGUUGUUGUUUUCGUCUACUAUGUUAGAAAGUGCAAUUCCUGUCUGUUGGACAAUAUAUUCUUGCACAUUUGGACGUACUUUAGAAUUGCGUACACAAUUCAUUAUGGUGUGAAUCCUAUCAUCUAUGCGCUGAGACUGCCCAGCUACAAACAUUCUCUAAUGCACUUCUCUCCACGAAAAAAAAGACGUGAUUUGGGAGCGAAUGGUCCCUCACUAGUGCCAUCAAAUGGCACGCAAAAGGCAUACUCAAUUAACGCAACAAUGGCUGAAACGCAAGCCUAAAGUUUAACUGCUUCUAUGAGUUGAACAUUUUAAUCAAAGGGAUGAACUUAAACUCGUAUAAUUUUCACGUAUAAAUUACAUUGUAUAUAAAUUAGUAUUCAAAGAAAGAGAUCCUGUCUUUAUUAAGAAAUAA